AAAUAAAAGUACUGUGCAUGUUUUCGUCAACUUUUAGGAAUAUAGCGAAAAGGGUGAGUAUAAUAAUAUCCUCAAGUUUAUUAGUUUGUGUAAUUUUUUAUAAUCAUUAAUGUAUUUUUCCAGUAUUAUGGCAGAAUUAGUUUUAAAAAACCGUGAUUUGUAUGAUGAACUGCGAACGCAAUCCAUUUCAUUAACUGCUUCUUCUAAAGCAUCUUCACAAUGCCUUCUCCUUUAUAUAAACAAGCAAAUACUUGCGGCGAACUUGACUAUAACCAACGAUUUUUUUGAAGAAAAACUGAAAUUGAAAAUUGCUACUUUUUGCUCUCACUUAGCGUUUAAAUGGAACAGGAAAGGGAUUAAUCGCACUAACUCUAAUUUUCUUUCAAAACACGCUGAUUGGCUUGAUUUGACGUUCAAUCUACCAAGUUUUUCCGAAGCUUCAACCUCGAAUGCUGAAAAAGAUUUGCAGAAUGUUGGUGGAUCCGGACGUUCACAAAAAAUAUUUUCCGAAUGUAGUUCUAGAACAAAAAGAAGAAGAACAGAAAAACUACGAGCUAAUACAUCCUUAGAGGAACUUAUUGCUGCGACUAAAACCACUCUGUACAACAAAGGAUUAAAGUCUUCAGCUCAGCUCUUAGGACAGUGUAUAGAAAAAUCAGAAUCUGAAACCGUCGAAGUUUCUUGUAGUACCAGUGCGUCCAAGCCUGCAAAGUUAAUUACACCGUACACUCCGGAAGAAGCAUUAGCUUCUAUUUUGAACAGCGGGAUGACUAAAGAUGCAUAUGUCCAUGAAAUGAGAUUGGGAGCGAAGCAAAGAAAUGUAGAUAUAUACCCUGCGUAUGAAAAGGUGCUAACAGCCAAAAAACUAUGUUACCCAGAAGGUGUAAUUGUUACUGAUUGUGGUUCGUAUAAAUCCCCUUUGAAAUAGACCACUGUGCAGCGUACCCAAAUUAGGUUAAUACACUUUAUGCCCAGUUUAUUCAUUUUUUGAACUAGCACAGUAUACUGUAAAAAAUUUGGGAAUUAUUUCCGAUAAAAGAAGAGGAAAUUUUUCCGAAAUCAGGAGGAAAAACAUUUUUUCUAAAUAUUUAAAAGGAAAUAUUUCCAAAAAGAUCAGGAAAACAACGUGCGUUACUUCCGUUUUAAGACGGAACCAGAGUUGCCAAUGACCCUACCUAAACGCUACUGCGCUUGCGCUACAACAACUCUCUUAUAGGUCGAAAAAAGCGCGCUUAUAUAAAAUGCUUAAUAAUAAGAA